GGGACACCACAGCCCAGCUCAGCCCAGUGUGCGAGAAGGGCCCCGAGCACAGAGUCCAAAAUGGCUUCAGAGGCUCUAAAAAGCCUGACAUGAGGGAAAAAAGUGUCUCUAGCGGCUAAUGAGAGUGGUUAGAUCUCAGCCCUGGCACUGUGGCUUGGGGCAGAGGAGGCAGCCGCCAUUUUGGGAUGCCACCAUUUCAGGAUGCCGCCAUUUUGGGAUGCCACCUCUCCCUCAGGAGUGCAGCACUGGGGCCUGGUGAGGCCCUGCACUGACUUCAGCCCCUCCAGAAUUGGGACUGAAUGUGUACAAGGGAGACAGAGGGUGUCCCCAGCACUGCCAUCCGAGAAAUCUCGCUGCUGAAGGAGCUGAAGCAUCCCAACAUAGUCAGGCUCCUGGAUGUUGUGCACAGCCAGAAGAAGUUGUAUCUCGUAUUUGAGUAUCUCAAUCAGGACCUGAAGAAAUACAUAGACUCUUCCCAAACUGGAGAGUUUCCUUUAAGCUUGGUCAAGAAUUACCUUUUCCAGCUGCUGCAGGGCGUGAGCUUUUGCCACUCCCACAGAGUCAUCCACAGGGACUUGAAGCCACAGAACUUGCUCAUUAACGAAGCAGGAGCAAUCAAGCUGGCUGAUUUUGGGCUGGCAAGAGCUUUUGGAGUUCCCCUGCGCACAUACACUCAUGAGGUGGUGACUUUGUGGUAUCGAGCUCCUGAAAUACUCCUGGGAUGCAAAUACUAUUCGACAGCUGUGGAUAUCUGGAGUAUUGGCUGCAUCUUUGCCGAAAUGGUGACCAGGAAGGCCCUGUUUCAAGGGGACUCUGAGAUCGAUCAGCUCUUCCGGAUCUUUCGCACCCUGGGCACUCCCACCGAAGCAACCUGGCCUGGGGUGUCACAGCUGCCUGACUACAAGGGGGACUUUCCCCAGUGGGCAAGGAAAGAGAUGAAGGAAAUUGUUCCCAACUUAGAUCGACAUGGCAGAGACCUACUGGCGCAAUUGCUCCUGUACGACCCCAGCAAACGCAUCUCAGCCAAGGCAGCUCUCAGUCACCAAUACUUCUUUCGGAAGAGCCCCCAGAGCACUGAAGAGCAACACGUGCAGCAGAGACACUGCAGAUGAGAUGCACAGCUCUCUCCAUACACCUCUGGAGAGCAGUGCAGAUCUGUUUCAGUGCACUUAGCAAGGGGCUAGCCCUGUCCAAAGGCCUUAUUUCUCCUGAGAAGUCCAGAAGGGUACAUUAUUACAUUUAGAGUCUCUCAGCCUGUUGCUGGGGGAAGGUUUGCUUAAGUUGUGUCCAGUAGAGCUGUUUUGAAGAGGCCGUGUGCAAAGGUGAGGUUACUAUCAGCAUAAAACACUGACAUGUAAAAGACAGAGCAUGCUUCAGAGGCUUGUCCUUGCGUUAGCCAGCAAGCUAAGAUGACUUACACACAAUGAUUUCUCUCUCUCUCCAGCACUGGAGCACCCCCAGGUUUCACUGCAGGUCUGAUGGUGCAGUUCCUGACACCAGGGCGUGCUGGAGCUCCGCUGUGGGUAGGACAGCGCUGCUCUGCUCACCCAUUCACUGUUAACAAGAACCAGAUUUGUCAGUGUUGGAUAUGUUGUUUAAGUUGAGCUGUUUAACAGAGGUGACAUUCUGCUGUUUUGAAAGCUGAGGAGAACUGCAAAGUAUCUUAAUUUAUGCCUUAGCUGUGAGAAGCCAGAAGAUCCAGCUAGUCUAAAGCACUUGCUGCAUAUAUUGGAAACUGACAUCUGAAACAUCAGCUUUCCAUCAUCAGCCCAGAUGUAAUGCUGGCUCUUUUGCUUUAUUGUCUUGGAAAUGUUUUUGCUGUUGAGGUGUUUGGAGAAUUAUCAUUAAUUUUUAGUGUGGUUUUGACAUCUGUGGGUUUGUGUUUUUUUUCAGUAUCGAAAAAAAUAAAGGCUUGUCAUUUGUUCAGAAACAUCUGUGUUUAUUGCUUGGCGCUGCCCAUUAGACUAGUGAUACAGGGCAAGCUGGCUGGCCUUUUUUUUCCCACAGACCUCUUCUCCCUUCAUCAUCUCCUGCACUCUUCCUGUAUUCUUUGCAGCCCAAGUCCUUGGCAAGAGCAGAGAUGUGCUCUCAAUUCUGUUGUGGAACGAAGGGCACAUAACCUGCCUGCCUGAACCAAGCACUUUUACCCUUUAUUUUGCUCCUUCUCUCCACCUGAGGAAAGGCAGCAGGUGGCUCUGCUUUGCUCCCAACAUCAAAAAGACCUUUGUCAUCCCUACUGUAGCAGCCCCCCCCCAACAGCAACACCCUGGGACCUGUUGCUCACCUCCCUCUGGGCCUUGCCCCACUGCCAGGCUGCAUUCCCCCUGCAGCUUUGGAAGCCGUCAGGACCUGGGUAGCUUGCUUGCCUCUGCAAUUUGCACAAAUUAGGUUUUGGGGAGGGUUGCUUUGCUUUUGAAGCUGUUGGUAGGAGUCAUGCUGGAGUGCCUCGCCUGGAAGAAAGUGUGCUGCUUGUGCUAGGGAGGCACAGUUUGUGAUUGAGGAGGGCAGGCAGCAGGGCUCUCCCAGCAGCCUACAGAGCCAUGUGGCUGGAAAACUCAGGGCUGCUGUACAUCUCAUGUCCUCCGUAUGGUAACAAGCAGCUUGCAGGGACACUUUUAAGAGACCUGGAUGAAUUCUGCUGUGGGAAUAAGUGCCUUGCCUUUGCAUACCUGUUUUAAAGUCAAAUCACUUUGUACAGACAAUGCUCCAUUGUUUGCUCUCUGCAAACAAACGAUCACGUUGUACCUAAUAAACUGUUGGCAGAGGAGUGGUGGGUUUUUU